AUGGCGCACAGGGCGGUGUCUGUGUAUCUUCUCGCCAUUGCCUUGUUCCUCUCGUUUGCCUUCCUCUCGGCCGAAGGGAGGAGACAUCCUGUCUCCGGCAAGCUGCCAUCCUUGGCAGCCAUAGCUCCUGCUCCUCAACAUCAUGAGGGAAUUAUGAGCAGCCCCGGCGCUGGUUUUGUACGUGAGGCAAAUGGUGGUGGAAAGCCACCAACUAUAGACCGCCGCGAGGAAGGGCGCAUGGCUCAGGAGACGUCCGUGGACGAGUUUCGCCCCACAACUCCCGGCCACAGCCCUGGCGUCGGCCAUGACGUUCAUGACAAAUAG